AUGGACUUCGACGUAUCGACGCCGUCCGUGACGGAGGCGCUUGGCGACCUGCAGCUGAAGAUCCAGUCGGCGCAGGAGGACAAGGAGCUGUACGCCUCGCUCGAGGCGAAGGCAUGCGCCAGCUUCGAGCGCCACCGCGCGGAGCUGACGCUGCUGCUGCAGAAGGAGCGUGCGAUCCAAGCCGCCGUGGAGGACCGCCUGCGCGUGGACCUGCAGCGGCUGCUCGCGGAGAACGAGGCCAUGCAAUCGCAGGUGGCGCAGCUGCGCCAGCAGCGGGAACAGAGAUGCCGCGAGGAGGUGCGGGCGCGGCAGCAGCAGAGAGAGGUGCGGGAGGACGCGCUGCGACGCGAGUUGGCGGAACUGCGUGACCAGUGGAACACCACGUGUGCCGACGUGAGUGCCGCGCAGCAGGAGAAGCUGUGGCACGAGCUGCAGCUGCGCGAGGCGCUGGAGCGGCAGCAGGCCCUCAACGCGGAGCUGCAGCAGCGGCGUAGCGAACUGGAGGAGCGGCUCNAGGCAGCAGCAGCAGCACGGCAGCCGCCACCACAGCUGGGGACUGGAGAAGGUCUUCCUCCCCGCCGGGAUGCCGGACCCGUGCCACACAAAGUCGCCGUCGUCGCACCACAUCGCCGCGAUUGUGUCGACGGUGGAGCGGCAGAAUUGCUACAAGCCGCGGACCUACUACCGCCGCCGCGGCAUCGUGUCGCCGAUUGA